AAUGAAGACGCUGCAGACUUGGCAGGCUCAGUUGUGCUAGCGGAGAGGACCGGAUAGAGUGAGAAGAGCAGCGCCGAGACCUUCUGACAGCCAUCGUCACGCCAGGUUAACUCUGUCGAGGUGGAGCGCACACCUGAGCCGCGGGAGGAUACGGGACGAUCUUACGGAGAAUUUUAACCAUGAAGAGGAUGGUGGCAGCCCUCGCUUUCCUGUGUCUCCUGUCCACUGCGAAAUCGGCCUCGGUCAUAUUACCUCUUGUAGCCGAAAGGUCAUCAGAAGUACAGGAAGUGGCCACAGAAAUGCCAAAGGAAGAGACUGUGACUGAGCCGGUCAAGGGGGGCAAGGUGGAGAUGCCAGGCAUGCCCGCCCAACCUCCCCGCCCGCCUUUCUCCUUCUUCCCCCCUCCUACCACCUCCUUCAGCCAAGUGGAAUCCAAACCUCCUUCCCCUCCAGUCCCAGGCUUUGCCGGCCCCUCCAUGUUUUCUCCCUUUCAGAUUCUUCCACCACUACCACCACUCCCACCAUCACCACCACCACCACCACCAGCACAAAUCCCCCCUUUUAUCAACGGAUUUCCACCAUGUGCCUCAAAUGGCUUCUACCAUUCUCAUGUUCCCAGUGCUCCAUAUGUCCAGUACCCUGCUCGCAUGCCCCAUCCCUUCUUCCCUAUGCCCAGGAUUCCUAACUCAUACUUUAUGUACAAGGAAGGAUUCUUUCCUUUACCUGGGUUAAGAAGUCGACAUUUCUUCCCAUACAUCAGAAGGGGUCUUCCUUCUCUGCCUUAUCCGAUGCCCCCUCCUUCUGGGACUCCUCCAUUUCCUGGUGUAAAUCCCCUCGAGCCUGGAGAGUUACUUCACACCACCUCCAUCACCCAGUUCCAGCUGCCACCCCCAGUGUCUUCUGGUCCUUAUGGCAAGGUGGUCGAUUCUCCUGUACUGCCACCUGCUGCCCACUUACGUCCUCCAAUUACAUCUUCUUUCCCGGCUUUCUUCCCUUUUAAUCCUUCUGGAGUGAAGAGCCACCCGUAUCCAAUCCCUCAGAUGCUGGCUGCAGAGGAAACUGUCAAUGGUGAGGAAUCAGCCGAAGGGAUGCAGUGAACACACAUUGAGUCUGGCAGCCCUGCUGAUUCUUCUCUGCAGUAAACAACGGCCAGCCACCAUGUUGCACUCUGCAUAUCUGGACCACACAGAGAGGAAGACGCACAUUCAGCCUAAGCUCCCCACACUUUAAACAUUCAAUGCUUGUUUGAAUAUAUGAUUGUGUUUGUAAAUAAAAAAUGGAUUCUUA